AGAUUUCCCGGAACGCAAAUUCAAAUUAGGGCCUUGGCUCGAGACCGCCAUCACCAUCUUCCAACUCUGCUCCAAACUUUUCCAUGGCCAACGACCCUAAUGACCUCUUCUCCUCCUUAAUAUCAGACAUCAAAACCUACUCUGGCAAAGACCCUCUUCUCCCUUGGCUCCGAGGGAUCCGAAAGUUGAAAGAGUCGCUGCCUUCGCAGCUUCUGAACGAGAAGCUCCCCAGGUUUUUGCAGAAGUGCGCGCAGACCUUUGAGUCCGAUCGGCGUUACAGAAAUGACUUACGCUACCUCCGCGUUUGGUUACAGUUGAUGGAUUUUGUUGAUGAUCCGAGAGCGCUUUUGAGGACCCUGGAGGUGAAUCACAUCGGGACAAAACGGUCUUUGUUCUACCUGGCAUAUGCUCUUUACUACGAGAAGAUCAAGAAAUUUGAGGAGGCUGAGAAAAUGUACCAUUUGGGGGUGCAGAACCUUGCAGAGCCUAUGGAUGAGUUGCAGAAAUCAUAUGAGCAGUUCCUUCACCGGAUGGAGAGAUACAAGAACAAGAGGACCCUGCGCCAGGAAGGAAGAACUGCCAAAGGGUUUUUAUCUGGUUGCAGCAUCCCUCCCAAUGGCAGUAUAACUGAAGAAAACAAAGAAAAUAUAUGCAGAGUUGAGGGAAGGUAUUUAAUGGAAUCUAAUUAUACCGGGGUUUCAGAAAACUCUUGCGACGAUAGAACAAGUCAAGAUCUGUCCACAAAGAAGGAAUCUAUUGGAAAGAUUGGACCUGGAAGUAUCUCUAAGCAACAGGCAACUACCAAAAGAGAGUCAGAUGGACAGAGGAUGUUUUGCACUGAUGAUACGGUUGCGGUGAAGUUUGUAGACUCUGUCAUUGUUGGAAAGUCUGAAGCUGAAGAUGCUUGCCAUCAUGGGCUGGUUGAGCCUACGAUAAAUAUGAAGGAGGCUAUGAAUGUCAUCAACAGCAUGUUUCGAGAACCUAUAGAGACAGCUCCAGUUGGUAGGAGAUCACGCACAAGCCAACCAAAAGAAGAAGGUUCUUCAAUCCUGCAGCAUGGUAGAACUGAAAAUUGCCUGCCUCAACAAGAACCUUUUGCAAUAUACGUUGACGAUGAAGUAAGUAGUGAAAUUGGAGAGAGAAAUGAGGAGAAGGAUAACCUUGAGCAGAAUGAUGUUGAAAGUAUGACAGAAGGUUCCCUUUCUUCUGCUUCACGUGGAAAUGCUUUUGUGUUUCCUAGCCCAAAGGAUCUUGCACCUGAGAGCUCGCCGCAACCAAAGUUUAGAGAGGACACAGUUGUUUGUAGGUUUGUUGGGUCAACUAUUUUAGAUGAGCCGGUCGAAGUUGAAAAUGUUUGCCACCAUGGCUUAGUAGACCCCACAAUCAACUUGAAGGAGGCUAUGGAUGAUAUAAAUAACAUGUUUGGGAAGCCAAUGGAUUUUGUUAGGACCAAGAGAUUGAGAAAGCAGGACAAAGCACCCGAAAGUAAAAAAGAAUUUGGUGGGUUUUCAAUACUUUCUGAUGAUGACUUGGAACACCAAGAAGUUCAGCUGCGGUCAAACUUAUCUGGAACAUCAAGAGAAUGUGAUCUGUUUGAGCCAACAGUGUUUACAAAGGAGGCCAUGGAUGACAUAAAUAAGCUGUUUGGCAUGCCAUUGGAUUUUUAAAAACAGACUACACCUACUUUAGCCGAAGGGAUGGGCUUGGCUCCAGUCAAAGACCAUGUUCCUACGUGCUCGCAGCUCUGGCAGUAGACA